AUGAUAGAAAAAACCGAGCAGUCGCCAUGUUCCGAAGAUGGUCAUCAAAUCAUCGUGGUCCCCUCUGAGCCGUCUCCCGCGUACUCAAUGUCAUCUACGCCAUGGCGUGACCCUGAGCCCGGCGAAGCGCCUUGGAAGAGUCAGUCAUGGGCAGGAGAUAUCCGAGAUCUCGAAGAUCAACUGAAAGAACUCCAAGCGGAAUACGAAGGGUACGUUGCUCGUGCUCAGAAAUACGUGCUGAUGCAGAUGGAGGAGAUGGAGAGGUUGGCCAAGGAAAUCCGGCAUCUCCAUCAGGAACUGGACACCGCGAAAAAGGUCAAUGACAUCGAGAAGAUGCAGCGCCAGAACGCGUUGACUCUUAUUGAUGCCGCUAAGCGGGAACUUGGCGUUCCCACCAGCAACUACAACUCUAAGACGUCAUUCAUGAGGGUAUUGGCUACGUUGGGCUUUUCUCGUCACGAACCUAUUCAUCAUCUCGUCACGGCAUGUUUUGACAAUGACAUGUAUUACCCAGUCCCUCUCAUUAAGAACGACAGAAUCGCCGAAAGACUACAGUCUAUGUUGAGCGAGGCUUACGCUGAAUAG